AUGUCCGGGAAUACAAUUGAAGAAGCCUUGCUAAAUCAAAAGAACGAGUUUCUUAGACUUGAACUAGAAGAAACCAAAACCCGUGAAUCCAAUCUAAAAAAGCUUAAUGAUUCCCUUAUGCAAGCAAUACAACACAAUCUCCCUCUAAGAGUAACCAUAAUUUAGGACAAUCUUCUUGAAGAACUAAAAAAAUCAAACGACCAGUUAACAAGAGAUAUUGAUAACCUAAAACUAAGAUUAGAUGAGUUUAAGCUUGUCGUCUUCGGCAGGCUGGAGAUUGCCACCCCUAAAUGCUCAUCCCCGAGGGAUCCCGAUAACCCUUCCUUGCUACUGCAGGCAAAGGAUUUGCAUGGCCGAUCUUGACUUCCAUGACUCCUGAACCUAUGGCCUGCCACCUGAGUCGAAACUCCCGGUUUCUUGUUAGGCAGAUGUCACCUCUUUAGCCCUGCUCGAGGGAUUUAUCACCAACUCGGGGCUUUUGCUGGUCCUGCCCUUUCCAAUCAUGGUCUCAGAGGCAAAAAUUCAAAGUCCCCCUAAGGUCUGAGAAAAACCUAGCCCAAAAUACACAAAGGAUUAGGCCUCUUUCUGCCCUUCCAUCUCACAAUGACCGUUACCCGCAGGUAUUGAAGAAAAAGGGUCAAAGGUUUGGUGGCCUGCCGUCACCAUUUUUGUGUAUAUUUAAAACAAAGAUACUCCGAAAAAUCCUCCUCCCUUGAAAAAGUAAACUACGAUUUACUAAUUUCUAACAAAGAAUUAAAAAUAGAAUUAAAACAAGAGAAAAUUAAAUUUGAAAGCGAAAAAUGUGAGCUCCAUGCCAAAAUAAAAACAUUGGAAAAUGAGAAAUUUAGCUUACUUCUUCCCUCCUAGCAGUCAAAAUUUUUUGCUUGCGAACAAAGGGAUUUAUUUUUUUAAAAUUUUUUUAAUAUAAAAAAUUUUUUUUUCGAUAAUUUAAAGCUGCUUAUAAAUUAAUAUUUUAGGAUAGAAGCAGUUAAUUUUUAUAGAAUUAGCAGAAGAUCUCAUUAAUUACAAUUAUUCAGCAUAUAUAAAAAAUUUUAUACACUAAAAAUGCUAUAUUUAAAAAUAUUUUUUGAAUUCUAGCCAAGGGGUAAUUUGGAUUUUUCUAACGGUUCUGCUUGGCAAGGUGGAGUUAGAAAAACAAAUGAGAGAGCUGAGUGGAAAUAAUGAUGAAGCUUGAAAUAAAAUAAAAUUUCAAAUGGAGCUGAAGCUGCAUGAAGCUAACAGAGAGAUGGAAAUACAUAGAGAUGAGUCUAGAAACGAGGUGAAUAAAGUAAGACAAGAAGCUGAUGCAGCAAUAUUUCAUUUGAAAUCUAUGUUUAACAAAGAAACAGACACGUUAAAAUCUGAAAUUAAAUCGCUCCAAAUAAAAAUUCACCACCAAAAGGACAAAAUCGAAAAAUUAAAACAAGCUGAUAACAUUGCUGUUUAUCAAAAAAGAAUUGAAAACUUGAAUUCCCAAUUAGAGUCAUAUAGAUAUAUGAUAGAAAAAAAUUUGAGAAGUCCGAAAGCGUCUACUUUACCAAUAGAAAAUCAAGCUGAGUCUCCCCAAAAUAAUUCUUUUUAUGAAGAUAGACCGUUACAAAUGGAGAGUCGUAACCGAAUUCUUAGCUCACAAAAAAACUCUCUGAGCUUAUGUGAAAAUUGUGAAGCCUUGAAAGGAGAACUAAAGGUAAAAGAUGAAGAACUGCAAGACGCUUUAAUUAAACUUGAGUGUUCUCUACUUCAAAAAGAAAAAACAGAAUUAGAAAUAGGGAGACUUAAAAUAGAAACCCAAGAAAAUAAUCUUCAGCACCAACUUUCAGCUAAAAAUUGAAAGGAGACUGAAAUUGCUCUGAAAAAUGAAAUAAAAUAUCUAAUUGGGAAACUAUUGAAGGCUAAGAGUAAGCUUGCAGUGGGAGAUGUGACUUCUACAGUAAGGAAAGAUCCUUCGUUAACGUCUUUUCACAGCUUGUCAGUCCGAAGAGAAAGAAAUAGCAAUUAUCAAUCCCCACUAUAUACAUAAAAAUUUGACGACAUACCACCCGACCUCUCGACCCUAUUUCCUCAGCAGCAGGUAACAGCCCAGUGUUGGGGAUUUAGAUAAAAAGGGUCGGUAAUCCUUUAUGUAUGUCGGGCUGGGUUUUUUCUCCGGCCUCAGGGAUCUAAUCCUCGGGACUUGGGUUUUUUUUCCAGACAACCAUUGGAAAGGCAAGGUCGGCAUUGUCUGUGUGGCAAAUAUGACCCACAGACCCUGAAGACGAUAUUUGUCUAAUGAGAAACUGGGAGUUUCGACCCAGGCUGGCCCUCAGACUCCAGGAGCUAUGGAAGUAAAGACUGGUGUAUGCGAAUCCCUUGUUUGCGGCAACAAGGAAGAGUGUCCACCGAGGCCUUACCAUAGGCGAUGAGCGUGUAGGGGUGCAAAUCCCCAGCCCUACUAGUGCGAACGGCUUAACUUAAUCAAUCCCCGCUAAGGCAAUCAAAUUCUCCUUUGAAUUUCUCUGAAAUCGUAAGAUGUGAUAGUCCGUUGACUUCUGAUAUAAGCUUAAACCGCUGUUUAUAA